UUGAGCUCAGUUAAAAAACUCAAACACGAAAACGUAGAUUUACGUUUUAUAUCAACAGUACACAAAACAUUCUGACUAUUACUGCUACAAUGGCUCAGUAUCGCACAAGUGUGAAAAUCGGAAACUGGAACGAGGAACUGCGCUUAGAAGAGGAUGCAAAGAGAGAGCACCUGGAGAAAAAAGAGAGGGGUGAGCUUGCUGCCCAGAAAGUAGACUUCCUAAAACAGCACAUUUUGAGCCAGGUGGAUCUCACUGUGACAACCGAUGGAAGAUUGCACUUUGGGGAUGUUGUGAUGUUGGUCAACAUGGGAGGAGAAGAGAGGGACUGCAGUGCAUUGAGCAUUAAUGCAGAUGUUAACAGUUUUAAUAAGAUUCCUACACCUGGCAUUAUAUCCCCGUGUGGAGUUGUCGCAGGAAGAAGUAUUCAGGCCUGCCCGCGCACUGCCUUCAUCAUUACCAGUGUAGAUGGCAGUCCUGAAGGGUCGACUCUUCAUUUUGAUCAAAGCUUUGCCCUGAAAACAACAAGCGGCUUUGCCAGGGGACUUUACUUGACAAGUGACCUGCAAAGUUUUCAAAAGUGUGCAAAGAAGUCCCGGCUACAAGAAGUUAACUUGGAAGACGGCAGCUCCUUUCUGUCAUGGUGGAAGAUAGUUCACUUUGACCCCCAAGAGAGGCUUGAAUAUGAGGGUCAGCCUGUUCCUGCUAAUAUGAGUGUGCUGAUCCUACACUGCAAGACAAACCAGGCUCUCGCUGUGCUGGGUGAUCACGUCAUUUGGAACACGUAUGGCAAAGAGUAUGAGAUGACGGCUCACACAUUCCUAGACUCCCACAAAGCAGAGCAGGACAACAACCGCUGGACACUGUGCACCUCUAACCCAGCAGGGGAGGGCCUCGUCCUCCUCACCCACCCACAGCUAGGGGCCCCCAACAAGGUGUUCACACAGGCAGACCCUGGCAUCUAACACAACCCACUCAUCAUUAAG